AUGUCGAAAAACGAGGACUGGGAACUGCGCAGCUGCACCCCGUCUCCCACCCUCCAGUCUCCUAAUCCGAAGAGUCCCAAAUUAAAUGGUAGCCCCUCUGCGAUCAUUAGCGCUGGUGCAGUCCAGCUUCUCUACCGUUUCGCCGAGGAUGGCGAUGUUGUGUCUGGACCGCACGUGUCCUCCGGGACCUUUCGACGGGGGCGCUCUUCCAGUGGGACAGCCAUCUGGGACAAAUGUUUCCCUGUAUACAACGAACAAUGGGAACAUCUAGUUCAGAACUCCGUCUUGUAUGUGAUGACGGAUUUUAUUUUUCGCCCUAUGCCACCUAGUUCGAACUGGGAACACACUUCCACCGCUGUCCCAACUGCGUCCCCCUUCCAGCAGCCAUUGACCACCACUUCAACAUUCUCCUUUGCGAUGCCCCAAAGGUCGUAUAUCCUUCAAGAGUGGCCGCUCCUUUGUCCAAUUGCUGGAUGCGACCAGCGUACCAGGGACAGGAGGGACAUGAAGAGACACCUGGAGUCAGAGAAGCACAAAGAGAAGAGUUUCUCUUGUGAUCCCUAUGUGGGCAAGUGCGGCAAGAGGCUCACUAGAACAGAUGGUGCAAAGAGGCAUGCGAAGCACCAAGAUUUCGACUUCUGA